AUGACGAUAGUCAAAGACGACUUAGGCUUCCCCUGGCCGGGAGAACCAGAGGCUCUUCCCCCCUUCGUACAUGAGGGUAUGAAGCGCUGCGCGCAUCUUAACCACGCGCCGGCUCCAGAGAUCGCGACAGCCGCACGCAAGCAUUCCGACCGGUACGUUAGGGGCACCUCGCCUGUGUUGCUCAAGAACGCGACGCUGUGGACGGGCGAGAAGGACGGCACCGAGGUGCUGCACGGCGCGGACGUGUGGCUCGAGGGCGGUGUCAUUCGCAAGAUCAGCAAGGAGGGCAAGAAGGACUUCGAGGAAGAAAUGGUCGAGGCUGUCAGGAACGGUCACAAGGUUGAGACCGUCGAGCUCGACGGGGCCUGGGUUACUCCUGGUAUUGUCGACGUGCACUCCCACAUGGGCGUCAACUCCGUACCCGACCUGCAGGGCAGCGACGAGACGAACAGCUUCAAAGCGCCAAUCCAGCCGUGGCUCCGCAGCCUGGACGGUUUCAACACGCACGACGCGGCUUUCAAUCUGAGUAUCGCCGGCGGCAUCACGACCAUGCUCGUGCUCCCUGGAUCUGCAGGGAACAUUGGCGGACAGGCGUUCACGUUCAAGCCGCGCUGGACGGAUGAGAACACGCCGCAGAGCAUGCAAGUCGAGCCGCCUUACGUUAUCCGGCACGGCGAGUGGCAACGCACCCGCGCGUGGCGCCACAUUAAGCAUGCGUGUGGUGAGAACGCCAAGGCGUGGUACCACAACGCGCGGAUGGACGCUGCGUAUGACUUCCGCCGAGCCUAUGCCGAGGGCAAGAAACUCAAAGAUAAGCAGGACGCGUGGUGCGCCGCGCCCAAGAAGCAGAAGGAGCCGUUCCCGGACUCGCUCGAGUGGGAGGUCAUGGCUGACAUCAUCCGCGGUCAUGUCAAAGUCAACAUUCACUGUUACGAGACGGUCGACCUGAACGAUCUCGUGCGCGUCUCGAACGAGUUUCAAUUCCCCAUCGCUGCGUUCCAUCAUGCCCACGAGGCAUACCUCGUCCCGGGUCUCCUCCGCCAGGCAUGGGGCAAAGUUCCGCCCGCUGCCGCAAUCUUCGCCAACAACGCCCGGUAUAAACGCGAGGCAUACCGUGGCACACCAUACGCCGCCAAGGUUCUCGAUGAGGCGGGCAUCAAGGUAGUCAUGAAGUCUGACCACCCAGUUCUUGACAGCCGCUUCCUGAUUUACGAAGCCGCACAGGCGCACGCUUUUGGUCUCGAGUGGAACCGCGCCCUAGCCGCUGUUACCACCACAUCCGCUACGGUUGCUGGACUUGACCACCGCCUGGGUUAUGUCCGCCCUGGAUACGACGCAGACCUCGUCGUCUGGGACAGCUUCCCGCUCGCAGUUGGGGCUACUCCCAAGCAGACGUACAUUGACGGCAUUCCGCAAAUCAUCCACCCUCAUGUCGUUCGCAAGCCUGCGGCCGCGCAAAAGAUCACGCCCAAGGGCGAUUACGACAAGGAGGCCGCUGAGGCUGUGUUGGCGCGUGGUGACCCCGACCUUCGCCCGAAGCACCGCUCGGCCAACAUUGUCUUCCAGGGCGUUAGUGCACUUUACCUUUCCGGCGUGAAGACGCUGGGUAGCGGCGAGCCCGGCACCGUGAUCGUGGAGAACGGCAAAAUUACUUGCGCUGGCAAGGAGUGCAUUGCUGCUGCGGGCGAGUACAAUACCAUCGACCUCAAGGGCGGAUCGCUCGCGCCUGGCCUCAUCUCAUUCGGCUCCGAGCUAGGUCUCACUGAAAUUACGGCUGAGGAGACGACACAGACUGGCAACCCGCCCGGCAUUCUCGACGAUAAUAAGAUCCUCUCAGGGCUGCUUGUUCAUGCUGCCGACGGUGCGCAAUUUGGCGGAAAGGACGAGCUCAUGGCUCUCCGCGAGGGUAUUACCACCGGCGUGUCAUGUCCCACCACGGGUGAUUUCCUAAAGGGCAUGUCAUAUUCCUUCUCCCUUGCAGCGCGGCACGCGCUGGAACAGGGCGCAAUCACCAAUCACGCCGCGGCGCUGCACAUUACGCUGAGGCAGUUUGACGACCCGCACGGCGAGUCGAGCCUUGGUGUCGCGACGUCGAUUGGCGUCCUACGUCGCCUGCUCCAUGGCGAGGUGGGCAAGGAUGAGGUCGCGGCUGCGUUUGCGAAGGUUGCGGCUGGCGAGCUCCGCCUCGUCGUCUCCGUCACCUCGGCGGAUGCAAUCGCCGCCCUCAUCCGUCUCAAGCGCACGCUGCCAAGUAUGCGCCUCACGAUCCACGAAGGCCAUGAGGCGUGGAUGCUGGCCGAUGAGUUAGCCGCUGAGAACAUCGGCGUCGUUGUUUCCCCGCCCCGAUCUUUCCCAGUGCUGUGGGACCAGCGCCGAAUUCUUCCUGGUCCACCUCUUAGCAACCUCACCCUCCCGGCUUACCUGCACUCACGAGGCGUCAAGGUCGGUCUAGGCAUCGCGGAGACUUGCGACGCGCGCCUCACCCGAUUUGAGAGCGCGAUGGCGUACGCGUUCGCACCCACGACAUUCUCGCGUCAGGAUGCCAUUGAUCUCGUGAGCGCAAAUCUCGUCGAGGUCCUUGGCCUGAACGACGGCCUCGGAGCCGCUGGGGGCGAUGAGGUCGACCUCGGUUUCGUGGCAUACGAAGGUGACAUGUUCAGCUUCGAGGGGCGGGUGCGCGCUGUCCGUGCGCCGGGCCAGAACGCCAUGGACCUCUUCUAG